AUGGGGAAUAAACAAACCAUCUUCACAGCGCAGCAGCUUGACGCAUACCAGGACUGUACAUAUUUCACCAGAAAAGAAAUUCUCAGACUGUUCUACCGCUAUCGGGAUUUGGCACCGCAGCUCGUUCCUCUUGACUACACCAACCACCCAGAUGUUAAGUUACCAUACGAGCUGAUUGGCAGCAUGCCGGAGCUGAAGGACAACCCAUUUCGUCAAAGGAUUGCUGAGGUUUUCUCUGAGGAUGGAGAGGGAAACAUGACGUUGGACAACUUCUUGGACAUGUUCUCAGUGCUCAGUGAGAUGGCGCCUCGUGACCUAAAGGCCUACUAUGCCUUCAAAAUAUACGAUUUCAACAACGAUGACUUCAUCUGCAAGUCGGACCUGGAGAAGACACUGAACAAGCUGACCCGAAACGAGCUAACAGAGGACGAGGUGAAGAUGGUGUGCGAGAAAGUGAUCGAUGAGGUAGAUCUGGACAAUGACGGACGUCUGUCGCUUGAGGAUUUCCAGCACAUGAUUAACAGAGCUCCAGAUUUCCUCAGCACCUUUCACAUACGGAUCUGAGGAAACCGGCGGCUAAUUUCUUGCCUGUAAAAGCCCAAAAGGAUGGGCUGAAAAUACUACAGAGCUUCACAAAUCAAUCUUCAGAAAACCACUCCUACUUUUUGUUUUCAUUUCAUCUGAGAUAAAUUUUAUCUGAAGUAAAACUGAACCCAUACAGUGGAAGCCCAGCUAACCCAUCAGGAAAGGCAUCAUUAAUUAUAACCAUCAACUGUAGAUUUGUUUUGUAUCUAAAGGGGUUUUGGUUACACUGGAU